GUUCAGAUGAAUGAUGACACCGGUUUGGCUAUGUAUAAUGAUGCGGUUGUCAUGGGUGUCAAUCAGAUUGGAUAAACGCCCGACAAGAAAGUAAUCUUCGAUCAGCAUGCAGUCCGCCAAAGUUUUGAGUUUAUCGCUCGCCUGUGUGGCACUAUACUUGACUGCUGUAAAUGGGGAAUGUGGAACUGUGGGAAAUGCAAAGAUAACCACAUGCGUGCAAAGUUUUAAAUUGACCAACAAGGCGCUCAUCGAUGCAGGCAAUGCAACAUGUACAGCCUUCAAGGACAGCUGCACAUCCUACAAAGUCAUGACGGUCUGUGUCAAUCUUCUCGGAUUCCCUGGAGGCUGUGAAACAAAGUACGACGAUAAACUCAAGACUGAAGGCAUUGUGUGCACCAACGCCGAACUAAAGGCAAUGUGUGGAGGUGCCACUUCUUUGAUGACCAGAGUCACCCUCCUCAUCACAUUCCUUGUCACCAUCUUUAACGUGUAGUUUUAUUUGUAACAGAGAUGCACGCUUAUGAGGACAACACAGCCUAGACAUUGCACAGGACCUCUCACCAGGAACACGAUCUAGGACACAUGACAUACAGACAGCUGUGGUACAGGACACAGACACAGAGAGGAGGCCAUGGCACAAGACAAGCUUAUGAGGACAACACAGCCUAGACAUUGCACAGGAUCUCUCACCAGGAACACGAUGUAGGACACAUGACAUACAGACAGCCAUGGUACAGGACACAGACACAGAGAGGAGGCCAUGGCACAAGACACGGUCAUACAGAAAGGUGUUGGAUACAGCGGGCAGGGUACAGGACAGAGGACGUGUAGAGGAAACAUGGUGUAGGACAGAGGACAUACAGGGAAAACAUGGUGUAGGACAGAGGACAUACAGGGAAAACAUGGUGUAGGACAGAGGACAUACAGGGAAAACAUGGUGUAGGACAGAGGACAUACAGAGAAAACAUGGUGUAGGACAGAGGACAUACAGAGAGACAUGGUGUAGGACAGAGAACAUACAGAGGAAACGUGGUGUAGGACAGAGGACAUACAGAGGAAACAUGGUGUAGGACAGAGGACAUACCGAGGAAACAAGGUGUAAAACAGAGGACAUACAGAGGACACAUGGUGUAGGACAGAGGACAUACAAAGAGACAUGGUGUAGGACAGAGAACAUACAGAGGAAACAUGGUUUUGGAAAGAGGACAUACAGAAGAAGGCAGGCUAGAGGACACAGGACAUACAGAAACGCGGGCACGGCAUAUGUUAUAUAGAAAGGGGCUGUGUACAGGCCAUACAGAUGACGUCAGGGUACAAUACACAGGACAUACAGAAGCGGGCACGUUACAUGACAUACAAAAGUUUGCAGGGUACAGGACACAGGACGUACAGAGUGGGGAACAGGACACAUGGGACACUAGACUCUGCAUACCAAAUCUUUUUCAGCUGUUUAUACUCGUAUAUGAAUAUUUCUGGUUUCGAAAGAAAUCGGGUUGUUUUACCUCCGUAUCUUUUCUUUUGUCCUCAAAGUGUAAAUGUACAAAACUAUCAGGCUGUUCUCAACACGCACAUGCUGGUAUCUCACGGUCAUGAGUUGUGUCGUGCAGAGGUUUCCGUAGCCAUUGACGCAUGACCAACCAAAUCGACCAUCACAAUGUCACGUGGUAAUACAUAAGUGUUUAAUAAUACCGUAUUCGACGUAAUAAGCGACCAGGACGCUCUCAAAAUUAGAAAUAUAGGGUUCUUAUUAGAAUAUUAUUUUGGUGGGGAAAAAACAGAGUUGAAAGAUAAAUGUCCUAGUUUAUGCUGACAGCCUGAAAUGUUUACGGCAGAUAUAUAUUUCCAGAAUUAAAUUGCCCAUAAUUAAGGUGCAUAUAACACACGAGUGCGUAUUAUACGCGGGGCGCUUAUUACGUCGAAUACGGUAUAUCAAUAAACUUUCAUCGUGGUACAUUCAAAAACGUAAAUACUGAACACAAGAUUGCCUUUUGUAUUCACGUGGCACCCCACCAGACCAAUAUACAACGAACUGGAUAAAUCGAGUAAUGAAAAGCUUUGAUUUAAAUUUGUCAAUGUACAAACUGGUUAUGUUUGAUAUCGAAAAUAAAUUUAUGUUUCGACGUUUGGUGUGUGUGUAAGAGAAAUAAAACCGAUAACUCUUCAUCAAGAAGGUUUUCUUGUGAC